AUGUCCAAACUUCGCAUCAGGAAAGAUCUCGAUACUCUCAGUCAGGAUGAGCGUGACAUGAUCGUCAAGGCGUUUCAGUAUAUUAUCAGCCUAAAGCCAGACCACGAGAAUUCCUACUACACUAUCGCUGGCUAUCAUGGCCUUCCCGCACCAGUCUACUGUAGGCAUGGAUCGGUGUUGUUCCCCACGUGGCACCGUGCCUACCUCUUGCGACUCGAGAAUGCUCUUCGAAGUGCCCCAGGAUGCGACGAUGCUGCUCUCCCUUACUGGAACGAGCGGUCAAAUGCGUCGUUGGAGAAAGGACUCCCUGAUCUCUUCACCCAGAAGGACUACAAGUUCAAAGAUGGGCAAUCCAUCCCGAACCCUCUCUUCUCCUACAAAUUACAGCAAGACGUACACGAUCUAGAUGUUGAGGGAAAAGACAAGCCCAAUGGCCACACGAAGCCCAAGGGGUAUGACACUGUGCGAUAUCCCUAUUCUGGACUCGUCAGCUCCGAUUUCAAUACCCAGACUUUGGACCACAAUGUCGAAGUGAACGAGCUGCCAGCCGGGCAACCGACUGAACUGUUGAACGGCAACGUCACACGCUGGCUCAACCUGAAGGGCUUCAAUAAUCACAAAGGCGAUGAGAUCAAGGCGGGAAUAGCAGACAACUACAAAGAAUGCCUCGAUGCACCCAAUUACACUGUUUUUUUGAACUCGCAAUCAGCGUCAGACUGA